CUGUGUUCGUCUGUGUGCAGACAGACUGCACUCCGGUGCAACCUGCUUAGCUUACCGCUGUGUUCUCAUUGCGCUGAGGCUCUCUUGCAUUACAGAACAAAAACAUUAAAAAAAAAACAAGUGAUGGGGGAAUGACAGCGAAGCCCGUCCCCGUCUGCGGUUCUACGUCCCCGAGAAGACCCAAGGAUGUUGCUGCUCCCCAGCCCCCGGUGCGGGCGCAGGCGUCGGGCCUCGCUGCUGCUACCGCUGCUCUCCGCGGUCCUGCUCUGUGUCAUCCCCGUGAGCGCCAGCCUCCCAGCUCACAUUGGGUGCCCGGACCCUUCACUCUGUGACAAACAGGGACGCAAGCCCUGCAAGCCUGGCUCUUUCCGUUGUGGUCCCUGCCUCUCCCCUUGGCAGGAGAAUAAGAAAGGACACUGCGAGCCGAUGAAGCACCAACAUUAUGAUGAAGUUAAAUCCUAUAACCUGGAUGAGGAAAUCGACUAUCUUCACUCUGUCAUUGAAAAACAGGAACAGGUGUUAGAGAUGAAACAAGAAACAGCAAAAAAGCAACCCAAACAUCCUGUCACCAUCACCUCCCAAACAGAUAGGAAAAAUAGCAAGAUGGAUGCCUCCAAAAUCAAACAGAAGAACCAGGAUAGACUCUUGAAUGAUACCCCCACUGUAGCUCCACCUUCUAAUACACCAACCCCGCAGCCCAGAACCACUGGUGUGGAGGGCAAGGCUGGCCCUAUAUACAGACCAGGACUCAUGACCGACACUGUAAUCAUCAUUAUUAUCUCGAUGUGUGUGGCGGUGGGAAUCGUGUCUGUGAUCCUGGCUACGGUCUGUUUCAUCAAGUUUCAAAAAGAAUCCCGCCUUGCAGACAAGGUAGAUUACCCUGCCUUUGGAGGGGCGAGUGUACCUACCAGCAGUGCUGUGAUGGGAGACAAGACUUUGGCCCAAAGUGCUCAAAUGUUUCACUAUCAACAUCAAAAACAGCAGAUGCUCUCAAUGGGAAAUCACAAGCCAGAACAGAAAGUCAGUGAAACUGAGGGCACAUCAGAUGAGGAAGAAGUGGGAGGUGACUUCACAGUAUACGAAUGCCCCGGACUUGCACCAACUGGAGAGAUGGAGGUGAAGAACCCGCUGUUUGAUGAUUCAGCUAUACCUUAUCAGGGGAAUGCAAAAUGAAUGCUGAACGCUUUACAGACACACACACACACACACACACACACACACACACACACACACACACACACACACACACACACACACGGAGGCAUACAAGCCAUUUCUCUGAAAGAUGCCUCUCAAUUUCACACUGCAUGCAUAGAAAUGAAGGAUUCUGGUAGAAGAUGAUGUGAUAAAAAUGAUUGUUUUCCUGUUCACCCUUUACUAUAUCUGCCCCAGCACGGCUUUUAAUACUACAAAUGUGUGGUGGUUUCCUUGUUAAUUUAUUUCUGUGUCUGUUUUGGAGCCACUUUGUCUUUUAAUGUAAGUUUGCAUAUCCAGCUAGUUGUUUGUCAGACUCUUAAGUUAAAAAGUUCUCCUCUACCUUUGUUAAUUUCCUAAGUUUCUGCAGCUGUUUCCAAAGAAUAUGAUACAAUAGCAGAAAUGUGUACCACACAGACACAAAUAAAAAUGCUGAAAAA